UCCAUCGUGUACAGAAAUGCCCGUAUAAAUUUGUCAUUUCACCUACUUUUAUGUCCCAUAUUGGAACAAUUAAUUUUUUUUAUCUCUUUCCCUCGACUCUUUGUUCUCCUUAUCACCUGUAACGAUUCUUUAUUAUUUACGAGCUACCUCAGUGGACGUUUUGGUUAGGAACUCUGUUUUCGUUGAGGGGUUGAGAUAAUGGAGCAGGAUGACAAGAAGAGUCUGAUCGAGGGCCAAGGUGUGAAGCAACUGCAUCUGUCAUUAGCAGAGACCGCAGCUGGACCUCAGGGUGACAGCCAGAUUCGGUACAGUGAGAAGGAUGGGGGGCAUCAGGGUAAGAAAUUAUUGGACUCACCUCUGGAUUCUAGCAUGGAGGGGUAUGAUUUUACACAGAGCUUUACUUCUGGAGUCGAAAGUGAUCCAGAUGAAAGUAAUAUAAGUGAAAGCUCAGUGGUCGGACCGCCUGCAGAGAAACAGUAUGAUCCAACGAUAGAUGACAGAUUACCAGAAACUGUGACAUUACUUACUACUCCUGAUGGCGGCAAAGUUUAUCUGGUUGGAACUGCACAUUUCAGUGAAGAAAGUCAAAACGAUGUGUCCUUGAUAAUUCAAGCAGUUCAACCACACAUAGUAAUGGUAGAGCUUUGUGAAGCACGCGUUCAUGUUCUCCAACUGGACGAGAAAACAAUUCUCGAAGAAGCAGGAAAUCUCACAGUUGCUAAAAUGCGUGAAACGAUAAGGAAAAAUGGUUUAUUCAAUGGACUUCUGUAUGUUUUAUUACUGAACAUGUCUGCACAUUUGACUAAACAGUUGGGAAUGGCUCCGGGUGGCGAAUUCCGUCGUGCAUUCCUUGAGGCCAAGAAAGUUCAAAGAUGUCUGGUCCACCUUGGCGAUAGGCCCAUAAACAUCACGAUCCAACGAGCUCUCAGUUCCCUCUCCUGGUGGCAAACAAUAAAACUCUUCUGGAGUCUCCUCCAAACGAAAGAUCCAAUAAGUAAAGAGGACGUGGAACGUUGUAAACGCAAGGAUCUUCUCGCGGAGUUACUCACAGAAAUGGGAACAGAGUAUCCAUCGAUACGCGAAGUGUUUGUGAAGGAACGAGACUUGUAUCUCACACAUUCACUGCAAUUGGCUGCUCUACCAAUUCCAACGCCUCAUGGAUUGAUACCUUCCAGAGUUGUUGGCAUUGUUGGAAUUGGACACAUGCCAGGGAUCGUCGAGCAUUGGGGGACAAUUAAACCUUCUGAUAUUAUUCCGAUUAUGAGAACACCAGAACGUUCUCUCUCCAGCAAAAUCCUCCGAAUAUCCCUAAAAGUAUCCCUCCUGGGUGCUGUGAUAUACGUAGGCUACAAGUACAUACCACUGCCAUCAGCAACCACCCUGCAAUCCCUAAAGUCAUCGGUCGAGGGGCUUUUGAAGGUCAGUGCAAAUCGAUAGUCAACCAACUGAACAAAA